AUGGAUUCUAUCGACGAAUCAGUCAACCCGUGCCACGAUUUCUACCAGUUUUCGUGCGGCAAAUGGAUUGAUAAUAAAAAACAAUAUUCAUCUAUCAAUCAAUUUCUUGAAGUGGGCGAUAAAAUUACAAUUCAGCUUGAUGAACGUCAACUAUUCAUACGAAAUAUCAAAUAUUUUUACAACAGUUGUUUCAAUACAACUCAAUUAAAAAAGUUAGGCAGAAAACCAUUAGACAAUCUGAUUGCCAAACUCGGCGGUUGGCCAGUGGUUAGUGGCGACAAUUGGACAGACAUCCAGUGGACGGACGUCUAUCUGAGAUUACGUGAUGUCGGUGUCUACACUGAUAUGCUGUUCUCUUUGUGGGUAAAGAUAGACCAAAAAAACAAUUCAAAAAGAAUAUUAACUAUAAAUAGUCCGACGUUUGGUUUGGAAAGUCGUGAUAAAUUGCUUUUGGGAAACAAUGAUAAGUCAAUUAAAGCAUACAAAACAUUGAUUAGGAAAACAUUGGGAAAACUGGGAGUUAAACACCAAAUGGUCGAACUGUACGUCGAAAAACUAUUCACAUUUGAGCUACAGUUGGCUAAUAACUCAAUGCCCAAAGAAGCUAAACGUAAUCAUACAUUAACUUACAAUAAAAUUACAAUCAAACAGUUGAUCCAAUUGGCACCAAAUGCACAAAAAAUGUUUAACAAUAUUGUUAAUGAAUUCAGAAGUAGUCUACAGUUAAAUAAAUGGAUGAAAACUGAGACACUGGAAAAGGCAUUGAAAAAGUUAGAUAAUUUAAAACUAGUGGUCGGAUAUCCUGAUCAGCUCAUGGAUGAGGCAAAUGUGGCCGACUAUUAUCAUACGUUAACAAUUAAUAAUUCAGACGACUAUUUUGGUAAUCAUAAUCUGCUAAACAAAUGGUUUAUGGAUUUGAAUUUUGGUGGAUUAAAAAAAUCUAUCGAUCCGUUAGAUUGGCGUAAAAUUGGUUCGUUAGUUGAUGUCAAUGCCAAUUAUCAGCCGCAAAGAAAUCGUGUGUUUAUAUUGGCCUCAAUUCUUCAGGAAGUCUUCUACAAUAAGGACAGACCUAAUUAUAUGAAUUACGGCGCCAUUGGUUUUGUUUUCGGUCACGAAUUAAUACACGGUUUCGACGACGAGGGACGACAGUAUGACUCGACCGGUAAUUUGAGGAACUGGUGGGACACGGAUACCGAUGCUCUGUAUAAACAAAAGGCUGAGUGUUUUGUCCAACAGUACAGCAAUUUUACUGUCAAUGAAAUAUCUAAAAAAGUCAACGGUUUAUAUACUCAGGGCGAGAAUAUUGCUGAUAAUGGAGGUAUCAUCCAAUCAUAUAGAGCGUAUGAAAAAUAUGUGGCCAAACGGGGACCUGAGCCGAGACUACCGGCGCUUAACUAUACUUCCGAACAGUUGUUUUGGAUCAGUUCGGCUGUUCAGUGGUGCUCUAAAUUAACAAAUGAACAAUUAUUGAAUAAAUUGUUAACCGAUGUUCACACUCCCUAUAGACAGAGAGUCAAUGGUUAUGUUUCCAAUUCAGUGGACUUUUCAAAAGUAUUUAACUGUUCAUUGGGUUCACCAAUGAAUCCAUUAAACAAAUGUAAACUUUGGUAA